CCGACCCGACCCGUUAUGGACAUACCCGGAAAGAACCGUGCCCGCCACAGGCCAUCCACAUCCACCGAACGCUUCCUCGUCGGCGCGUUCUCCCACUCGCCGUCUGAUAAUGCUGUAACCAGCACCAGCGCCGGCGACGGUGACGAGCUCAACGAGGACGAUAUCUUUUGGACCGGUGAUUUCUCUGCCGAAUCCAACCACAACAACAUCUCCGCCUCUCCUUCCUCAACGUCUGCUUCUCGUGUUCUCAACAAUAAUCGUCUUCUUCAACCCAAGGGCUUCGCUGCUCAACCCGAAGGAUUUGGAAUCCUCGCCGCUCUUCCCGAGAACGAGACUUCGUCACCUAAACUACGGGACCAUUCCAAUUUUUACAAUAAGGCUUCGAUUUCGUCUUCGUCUUCUUCUUCGUCUUCCUCUUCGCGUUUGAUUCCAGUGAUUCCGAAGCCUCCGCAAGAACGCAUAAUGCCUGUUCCUUCUUCUUCGGUGAAGUACCACCAAUCUGUUCCGGUGAACGUUCCUAUGAUGUCCAAGGCCAUGUCCAAACCCAGGGACUUCUUUGCUGUAGAUGCUGAUGUCGGUGAUGAUGACGGCGAAGCCGAAAUGUUGCCACCUCACGAGAUUGUGGCAAGAAGCUCCACGCAAUCUCCGAUGCUUGCUUAUUCGGUUCUUGAAGGCGUGGGAAGAACCCUGAAAGGUAGGGAUCUUCGUCAGGUUCGGAAUGCGAUAUGGCGACAAACAGGUUUCCUUGAUUAAUUAAAGAAUUCUUUUUCUUCAAUUUGGGGAAAAAGAUGUUCCUUUCUAAUAUGUUUAUCAGUAUAAUUUUUGUUGGGUAUCCUUUGUAAUUUCAUUAUCAAACAUUUGAUUUAGUAUAAAUGCUAUUAGUAUCAAUUAGGGUAAUCUCAAGCUCAUUCAUUUUUGGUUGGUUAGUAAAUUUUUAAGAAUUAUGUGAUGUUCAGGAAAAAUAAUUUUUGAAAUUUCUUCAUUGUUUUUUUUAUCAAAGGCUUUAAUGAUCUUUGAUAGCAAUGAAGCUAAGGAGUUGACUAUUAAAUUGGUAGAAUUGAAUUCAGGUAACAUUUUGAUUUGUGUUUGAA